AAUAAAGAAGCACUGACCUGAAAUCAGAAGCUUUUGCGCGUUUGUCUAUAUUGGGAAAAAGAUAAAUCCAAUUUGAAUACCCUGAGGGCUAUUGAUUUGAUUCUACUCGUUCAUGAAUUCAUCUUUCCUUUUUGAAUCUUAAUUCUACGCUGAAAGUUUUGAAGUCGUUCCUUCCACCCUGUAUACCUCGCGGACUAUUUUCAUACCUACAAACUACAUUUUCAUAAAAAUUGGUCGAGUCGUUUCGGAAAAGUUCGUAAAUUAUCACCGUAACACGGAAUUUUUACAUAUAAUAUUUUCCUCGUUGACAUUUCAAAGUUCAUCAACUUCAAUGGUUAGUUCGAAAAAAACGUUGUCUCAGAAUUAGUAUCUCAUCAUUCUCAACCCACAUUGGAAUUGAUAUACAUUAAUGCUCCGAUCGGUCAUGAAUUAUAACACAAUAUAUUAAAUUCUAUUGCUUAUACAUCUUCACGAAAAAAAAAUGUGAUACAACUAAUUCUUGGAAUAACAUUAGGCGAAAAUAUAGGGACCAAUAUGAAUAAAUUUCCAAUUCAAUUUCAAUUUGACGACAUACAUCAAUUCAAUAAUUGCAACCAAAUGAGAGAUUUAGGGUUUUUUAACAAAACUACAAAGAAUCUAUAGAGGCACUUGUAUAGAUCUAUAUAUUAAUUUAUUUUGAUUAAUCAGAAUUGGGGAAAACAUUCUUUUGACUUAUUCGUAUGUUUUUAUUUUUUUUAUGAUAUUCCGUUACUAGCGUAACUAUACACAUAUCUUAUCACACUAUUCCUAAUAGUCGAAUAUAUACAUGUAUGGCUUUUUCUGAUAACUUUGGAUUUACAUCUUCCGAACGAAUUAAAAAACUCUGCAUGCUGAAUUUUAUCGAAUGGAAUUUGAUGUAAGCAGUAUAUACUGACAUAAGAUACUAUUUUUUCAUCCAGAAAAAUCUUAUCAUUUAUGAAUAUUUCAAUAUUUUAGAAAGUAUGCAUCCCCACAUUCUUUUUUGUUCUUUCACAACCCUCUUAUUAAUUUGAUUGGAAUUUACCAGCUCUUGAAUGAGUGUAUCAACAGGUCCGACUACUGUAUAUACUCCGUACAGAGUCAGCUUUUUCGACGUCCAUUUCAUUAGGGUGUAUUUUCAUGGGUCGCUUUUUGGACGUCCAUAUAUAACAAAAUGUUAUUAUGAAUUAAUUUAUGUUGAUGAAUUUCUCUGAGGAAUAUUCGAAAACGGAAACAUGAUUCAAAACAGAAACUGUUCUUAUAUUAGAACAUUGAACAACAAACCCUAACUAGAACAUUUGAAAGAAACAAAUACGGCAUUGCAUCAUUUGAAUUCUUACGAUGAUUCCUAUUAAUUUGGAUCGGACUAAACCGGAAAAAUGCGAAAUUUUAGCGGGAAAAGAUCUGGAAUUGAGGAGUUCCUAUGAUAUCGUUUCAGUGUUGUUGUGAGAGUGUAGGUAUAAGAAAGUGCAAGAUGAACCGCCACCUAACCAGAGCACGAAAAAUUUUAUCGAGCGCAUUGGGUAAGUAGCUAUUUUAUUAUAAUUUCGGAAAACAUAUAAUAAUAACAUAUAAUAGGAGAGUAAUAUUAUGUAAUACCAACAGAGACCAAAUUCUAUAGUCUAUACCCAAAGUUUCUCGAUUUUAAUAUGGAAAUAGGCAAUAAAUAUUGCUUAGCAAUUUCGCGGAAGACGUUCUAUCGAAAUUUUGAAAUAUAACAAUCGAGAAAUUUCACCUGCUGAGAUUUUAUCUCGAGUGGUAUUCGGAAACACUAUACAUGGAAAAAUUAUUCGCAAAGUAAUAUGAUCACUUUCGACAAAUUUUCAUUUCCUAAACUAUUUUGAAUUUGGAGAAAUGACCAAAUAAUGGCUAAACGAAGUUGUUAGUCUAGCCGGCUUGCAUUGUCUUUCAUUUUCUAAAUAAAAAUGGAAUGAGAAUGUCUAAUUACUGAAGAAUGAAAGGAUAAUUUUCACAUCAUAUUUUUCUUUUUCGGAACUUUUUUUUCAUUUUGGCUUUGCACUUCUUUAGGAGAACGAGAAGCAGACCUAAAAAUGAAUGAAGAAUUGAAAAACAAUUCAUGGAGAAAGUUUUGUAAUGUUGACCCUAAAGAAUCUUUCAAAAACUCUGACUUUGAAGUACCAAAAGAGAUGGAAUUUGUUGAAAAAAUCCCAGAGAAUGAAAAUGAGGCAGAUGAUGCUGGAGUCCAAGAAAACUUGUCUUAUUCUUUAUCCUUUUCGGAUUUAGACGUUGACUACGUUCUGUCCAGUUUUGAGAUCUCGAAUGAGGAUAAUUGCAAUUCCCAGGAUUCAGAAAUACCAGUUGAAAUACUUAAUUUCGACACGACCUCUGAAGCAAAGGACUUGGAAAUUGUGGAAAAAGAAAAAAAUAUGAAACAGAAAAAAAUAUAUAAAAAGAAGGCACCUGAGAGGGACAAUUGCUACUUUUGUGAGACUGAGGUUCUUAAUUUUAGUAGACACAUUGCAAGAUGUCACUCAGCUGAGAUAGAGGUGCAGCGAUUACUUGCGAAGCCUGUGAAGAGUAAGGAAAGAAAAAAUCUAAUAACGAGCCUAAGAAAAAAAGGAAAUUAUUUGAGAAAUUCCGAGGUAUGUUCCAAGCCGAUGAAAAAACCACCAGGUGGAGAUACCAGUGAAUAUUUGCCUUGCCUUUACUGUCUCGGAUUUUACUCUCGUAAGCAGUUGUGGCGACACAAGAAGAGGUGCACAGAAAAUCCUCACUUGGAGAAUAACAUAAGCUCCACUUCAGCAUUAUACUUCAAAAAUCAUAAAACAGAUCCUGAUUUACGUGACAAGGUAUUUCCUAGAAUGAGGCCUGAUAAAGUGUCUAUAGUUGCCCAACAAGAUGCACUUAUUUGUGCUUUUGGGUCACGUUAUUUGAGGGUUCACCGAGAGAAGCAUUUCAUAAAUGUGACUUCAAGAAAAAUGAGGGAACUCUCCCGAUUAUUAAUCGAAGCCGAGAAACUCGAUAAAUCAAUCAACACAAUGAUGGAUAUGCUCCAACCUAAAUAUUAUGACACAGUUGUAACAGCUACCAAACUUUGUGCUAAGUAUGAUAAGUCUACAGAAUGUUUUCUGUCGCCAACAUUCGCCAUGAACAUAGCAACUUCAUUAAAGCAAUGUUGUGACUUGGCAAUAGUAUUCGCUCUAAAAAGAAAACAUAUUUAUGCAACGGUAUCUGCAGCAAACGCUGAAUCGGCAAUAAAAACUUUCGCACAGCUCAUUGAAGCCAACUGGAGGUAUAAUAUCUCAACCGUUGCAUCGAAUAAUCUGCACAUAAAAAGAUGGAAUAAAAUAACCAUCAUACCCUUAGCCAAAGACUUGAAACUGAUGAAAAAUUACCUGACUACUGAAGCUGAUAAAGCCAAACAAAAAUUAAGUAGUGAAAAUGAAAACAAAUCGGCAUACAAAGUUUUAACUGAAACUGCCUAUUGUAGGGUGUUAUUACUUAAUAGAAAGAGGCCAGGAGAAUUACAGAGAUUAUUAAUCGAUUUAUAUAAUCACUCAUCCAAAAGACAAAAUUAUGAAGAAUUUUCCGAUGCUAUUUCACCUACGGAAAAAAUUUUAAUGAAUCGAUUCAAGAGAAUUGUUAUAAGAGGAAAGAGAAAUCGCGGCGUUCCUGUCCUAUUCAGCACAGAAGUUCAGAAAGACAUCUCAAUAAUGAAUGAAAUAAGACACAAAUAUGUCAGAGAGGAAAACAGAUUUUUAUUCGCCCUUCCUGACAGCGAUUCACAUAUCGUGGGUUAUAAGGUUCUGGCGAAAUAUGCAAAAGCCUGUGGGGCAGAAAGACACGAUGCACUUACAUCUACGAGACUAAGGAAGCACCUAGCCACCCUAUCACAGAUAUUCACCAUGACGGAUUCGGACUUGGAGCAAUUAUCAACAUUUAUGGGACACACUCCUGGAACCCAUAAGAAUUCUUAUAGAUUGAUUGCCUGAUGACGUUAACCAAUCAUCUAAAAUUGUGAAAAUUUUGCUCCUCAUGGAACAAGGUACAUCUGCUUCUUUCAAAGGGAAAACUCUUGAUGAAAUCGAAGUUGAUUUGGAACAGAACCUAGAAGAUGAACUAGAACCAGAUGAAGAUGCCAUUCCAAGCGAUGUGAAUGAUGAUAUUAAUAUGGACUACGAA